GUCUUUCCUCUUCCCCUUCCUCCUCCUCCUCCUCCUCCUCCACGCUUCCGCAAAUUUCCGAUCUCCUCCUCCUCCUCAUCCAGCUCGCUCGCUCGCUCGCGGCGGAGAAUCCAGCCCGAGCAGGCUGGCUUGUGCUUGAGCUAGAAUCUCCGGCCCCGUCGCAGGCUCCGUAUCAACCAAGAUAUAAGCUCCACACGGUUUAUUGAACAUUUGUGCCAGACUAUUGGGGUGAACAUUCAGUCAAGUCUUCAAAGUGUUUAUUCCAAAACAAAUGCAAUGAGUUGUCAUACAAGGGGCUUGUUGAAGGAAUACAACAUAUAUUUAUAGGCGAUCACCUAUAUUUUUCUGACUCAUGGGCGACUGGGUUAUAGGAGCACUGAUCAACAUUGUGGGGAGUGUUGCCAUAAACUUUGGUACCAACCUUCUGAAAUUGGGCCAUGAUCAGAGAGAGAAGCUUUCGACAACCAACAACAAUCAAGGCAAUGACAAAUUUGUUCCGAAGUCAGUUAUGCAUUUUCAAACUUGGAGAAUAGGCAUACUGUUCUUUGCUGCGGGAAACUGCCUCAACUUCAUGUCCUUCGCAUAUGCCGCACAGUCACUUCUUGCAGCUCUUGGAUCGAUUCAAUUUGUGUCCAAUAUUGCAUUUGCUUACUUUGUGUUGAACAAGACCAUUUCAGUGAAAGUCAUGGUAGCAACAACAUUUAUUGUAUUUGGCAAUAUCUUCCUAGUUUCCUUUGGUAAUCAUCAAUCUCCAGUUUACACCCCGGAGCAGCUAGUUGCGAAAUACAGCAAUUUAGUGUUUGUUCUCUAUUGCAUGUCACUGGUCUUUGUGGUUGCAUUCAAUCAGUAUCUCUACAGGAGUGGAGAAACUAUCAUUUCGGAUAGUGCGAAACAUACUGGCUCACAUUGGCGGACAUUGUUGCCAUUUUCUUAUGCUAUUGUAUCUGGUGCUAUUGGAUCUUGUUCUGUCUUAUUUGCAAAAUCAUUGUCAAACAUGCUGAGGCUAACAAUGAGCAGCAGAUACCAGUUCCAUAGCUGGUUCACAUACUCAAUGCUUCUGUUGUUCCUCUUUACAGCUGGCUUUUGGAUGGCGAGAUUGAAUGAAGGCCUGUCUCUUUUUGAUGCAAUACUGAUUGUUCCAAUGUUUCAGAUUGCUUGGACCUUUUUUUCUAUUUGCACAGGAUUUGUGUACUUUCAAGAAUAUCAAGUAUUUGAUACCCUGAGGAUAGUGAUGUUUGUAUUGGGCAUGACAUCUGUCUUUAUAGGCAUCUCCUUACUGGCACCCGACGACAGUAAAGUUGACACCAAAGAUGGUUCUAGUGCCACCCAGGAACCUGCAAUUGAUGCAAACAGGCCUGGAAAGAUGCAGACGGAGGAGACAGAAGUUGAUGGUACUAACUCCUUCACAAGUUCAGUAAAAGUAAAAGCAAAACGCAUACUGUCCAAGGCAAAGUCGGCUUGCUCCAUGUCACUUGGCCUUGGGGAGGAGACCAUCAGCGCUUCAUCGGUGCUUGCGAUGCCGAUGGUCUCCUCACGAACAACAGGGUUCAGAGGAAUCGCAACCGACCGAUCAAAGUACAUUCCUUUGCGGUCGACCGAUUGGGACAAUCUAUAGUUGACGAUGAUUUGAAUUACAGGUAUACAAGCCAAAUGUCUUACUUGGAUGUUGCCAAGCGGAUGCCAGUAAAUUUUUGUUGCUUCCGGAAGGCAACUGUUUAUUCCACCCCUAUAGCUUAGCUGUAACAUGAGUGUAUAGUUCGAUAAAACUUCCCUUGAAACACUGUCCAUACCCAGGUUGUUGUAUUUCUUCGAAACAGGUGCCUACAAUACUUGUAUAAACACGCCACACAUGUUAGAACAAACUUCAAUGAUUCAAUUCACUCUUCCCAUUGGUGUCCCAAGCAA